AUGGAAGAGCACUCCAGACUACAUGAACGAAAUUUCCAAUGUGGGGAGUGCUCUGAAACUUUCAGAACACAUAUCCAGUUGGAAAAGCACAUGCGUACCCACGGCACACAGCAGGGCUACGAUUGUUACAUAUGUAACAAGAAUUUCGCUUACGUGCAAGGCGUAAAAAGACACGUGGAAGUAAAGCAUCCAACGGCACACCCCAAUGCAUUCAAAUGUGACACAUGUGAAGAAACAUUUGGAGACUAUAAAAUAAUGAAAUGUCACAGGCGCAUGUCUAAUGAAUCCACAGAUGUUCGUCGUGUCAUCCCGCGCCACGAUCAGCAGCGACAGCGAGUGAAACAAUUUAAAUGUGACCAAUGUGACAAAAGUUUCGUAAGCAGAGAGAAUAUGGAAGAGCACUCCAGACUACAUGAACGAAAUUUCCAAUGUGGGGAGUGCUCUGAAACUUUCAGAACACAUAUCCAGUUGGAAAAGCACAUGCGUACCCACGGCACACAGCAGGGCUACGAUUGUUACAUAUGUAACAAGAAUUUCGCUUACGUGCAAGGCGUAAAAAGACACGUGGAAGUAAAGCAUCCAACGGCACACCCCAAUGCAUUCAAAUGUGACACAUGUGAAGAAACAUUUGGAGACUAUAAAAUAAUGAAAUGUCACAGGCGCAUGUCUGUACGGUCUUAA